AUGUCUACAUCCAAUAGAUGUGGCCCAGCUGGGGCAUCCUUGGAGGAAAUUGUCCUCAUGGAGAUGCAGCCACAAGCCCACCCUAGUGAUGAAGGGGUGCAGCAGGCGGUGGAUUUCGCCCUCCACGAGUACAACAAUGAUAACAACGACCUGAACCUCAGCCGCUUGGUGCGGGCGGUGCGUGCCCGUCAGCAGGUGGUUGGGGGCAUGAACUACUACUUGGACUUGGAGAUUGGCAGAACCACAUGUGCCAAGGAGCAGUCCACCCAGGAGGAGUGUUCCCUCAGUGAGGAGCUGACGCAGCUCUGCUCCUUUGUGGUCCACUCCAGGGCCUGGGAGGACUACAUGGCAUUAAUAAGCUCCAGAUGUCACGAGGCUUGAGGUUGUGUUUCUGCCAGGCCAGCACGCCCACCCCUUACCCGUGUCCCCUGCAAUGUCCUAAACCAUGUGGUCGAGCCCAGGCUGGUGCAGUCUGCUUCAUGUCCAAGCACCUGGGCUCUGAUACAGCAAGAUCUUCAGGGCAACGUGGACACCCUCGACCUGUCCCCUGUUCCUUUCUCCUGUGCUUCUUAACCGUACCUGUCGGGGGCACACAUGGCCGUCCCUGCCUUGUUCAACAAAAAGCUGCAGCAUUUCCCCUUGUGGUGUAUUCUCGGGUGCACUAGAAGGGUUGGGGGAGCUGUCCGCACACCUCGGUGCUGUCUGACUGUCACACAGCCUUCCUGGGCACUUCACACACAGAGGUGGGGCCGAAUCAUGGGCACUGAUGUCCCUCACUCUGUCACCAUCACACUUUCUGGGGAGUCUGCCCUUCUGCCCACUGUUUCCAGCUGUCUGCAAGGCCCUGGCUCUGUCCUGGGGAUCAGGCUUAGAGAAAGUGACCCAGUCAGCCAACCAAGGUGCCCUCUGCACCCCAGCCUCAGUGACCAUCUGAGCAUGGCCAGUGGCCCAGGUCUGGCCUCAGGACUCCUGUGGCUCAUGGUGGGGUUUUAUUGAGAGUCCCUUGUCAGGCUGAGUCCCUUGUGAAAGUGCUUGAAGUCAGAGUGCUCCAGGUCUCAGAAAUCUGUGGGAUUGUGGGAAAUCUUUACACACAUGAUGAGAUUUCCUGAGGAUGGGACCCAUGUCUGAGUACUCUGCACCCAUAGCCUGAAACUAAUUGUUACAUUAUAGAUUAUAGGAAGAAAGGUUUUAUUGGAAUGUCAGAGGGAGAAUAGGGAAAGAUUCAGCUUACAUGGCUGGAGGAGUCACCCUGAUUUAGGGGUUCAGACCAGCCCCCAAAGAGUUGGGAGGCCACUGUCAAGGACUGGUGGGUGGGCUGGGGUCCCAAUGGUCUGUGUCUCAUCAUCUUGAUCGUAGAUCUGAGAUCUUGAUGGCUGAGGGAUGGUUUCCUUUCCAGAAUGGGACUCUGAGUCCCUGGGUCUCUGUCACCUGGGGCUCCCACUUCCCUGGAAUCCAGGUGAUCACAGGUUUAAGACAGUGCCUGCAGGUUUCUGGGAGUAGCUGAACAUUCCUGUAAACCUCUCACCUUGGAACCUCAUUCUCGAAGAGGACAAGACCACAAGAAUUCAGGGCUGAUCCUAAUUCACAAGAAUUCAGGGCUGAUCUUGCUUCCUAGCAAGAUCCUAAAUGACUACCACUCCCUACACAGAGCUGAGGAGAGAUCUGACUCAGGAUUUACAAUGACAAGGACACAAAACACAGUCGUGUUCUGCUGUUAGCCACCUAUCGGUCAUCAGCAGCCCCACUGAAGGGCCAUUGUUUGUGGCAAAAAUGGCAUUUAAGUGCCUGCCUAUCCCAAAGCGAAACACAGAUGACAUUGUUAAUGAGGAGGUAGCAAGUGCCUUAGCCUGGGUCCUCCAUUGCUGAACACCCACAAGGUCAGUUGCAACAGUGUCUGUAUUGGCAGCAGGGUUCCUCCUGCUAUCAUUCUCUCUGGACACUCAGGGUCCAUGUCAGAUCCCAUCCACCUCACAGGGCAUGGCCUGUCUCCCCAAAGUGCCCUUCAGGUUGUCUGCUGGAAGUCAUAACUCUGGGGACUGUGGACAGAUCACAAUGCAAAUCUUGUAAGGAAAACCUAAAAUAAAGAUGCCAAGAGAAACACAGUAUAAUUGUACAAGAAACAUAAUUCAUAAUUUAGUCUUGUCAGAAUUAGAACUCUUAAGUCGAAUAUAUUUGCUUAGUAAUGUGUCUUUUUGCUUACUAAUGGCACCGUGGUUACCCAUAUCUAAUCAUGCUAACACAAUGAGG